AUUCACCAAGCAGAGCAGAGCAGAGCAACACGAGAGGAAGAGCAGCAAUGGCCGUCUCCAGCAGCUCGUCGCUUCUCCCUCGCUGUCUCCUCGCCGCGGCGCUGGCCCUCUGCGCGGCGGCGACGAUGGGCGCCGCCCAAGCCGUCACCAGGAAGUACCACUUCGAUGUGGGAAUGACGAGCGUGACGCGGCUGUGCGGCACCAAGAGCAUGGCGACGGUGAACGGACAGUUCCCGGGGCCUACGCUGUUCGCGCGGGAGGGCGACCACGUGGAGGUCGACGUGGUAAACAACUCCCCCUACAACAUGAGCAUCCACUGGCACGGCGUGCGGCAGCUGCUCAGCGGGUGGUACGACGGUCCAUCCUACGUGACGCAGUGCCCGAUACAGCCCGGCCAGAGCUACGUCUACCGGUUCCAGAUCGUCGGGCAGCGGGGCACGCUCUGGUGGCACGCGCACAUCUCCUGGCUCCGCGCCACCGUGCACGGCCCCAUCGUCAUCCUCCCGCCCGCCGGCGUGCCCUACCCGUUCCCGGCGCCGGAGAGGGAGGUUCCCCUCAUGUUCGGCGAGUGGUGGAGGAACGACACCGAGGCGGUCAUCGCCCAGGCGCUGCAGACCGGCGGGGGCCCUAAUGUGUCCGACGCUUAUACGAUGAACGGACUCCCUGGCCCGCUCUACGCAUGCUCGGCCAAGGACACGUUUAGGCUGAAGGUGAAGCCUGGUAAGACGUACAUGCUCCGGCUCAUCAACGCCGCGCUCAACGACGAGCUCUUCUUCGCCGUCGCCAACCACACGCUCACCGUCGUCGACGUCGACGCGCUCUACGUCAAGCCCUUCGCCGUCGAGACCCUCAUCAUCGCGCCGGGCCAGACCAGCAACGUGCUCCUCACGGCCAAGCCGGACUACCCCGGCGCCAGGUACUACAUGCUGGCCCGCCCCUACACCAACACGCAGGGCACCUUCGACAACACCACCGUCGCCGGCAUCCUCGAGUACGAGCAUCAGGACCCCGCCACCGCCAAGAACCUGCCCAUCUUCAGGCCGACCCUGCCGCAGAUCAACGACACCAACGCCGUGGCCAACUACACCGCGAAGCUGCGCAGCCUGGCGAGCGCCGCGUACCCGGCGACCGUGCCGCAGGUGGUGGACCGGGAGUUCCUUUUCACCGUCGGCCUCGGCACCCACCCGUGCGCGCCCGGCUCCCCCGUGAACGGGAGCACGUGCCAGGGCCCCAACGGGACGUCCCGGUUCGCGGCGUCCAUCAACAACGUCUCCUUCGUGCUCCCGACGACGGCGCUGCUGCAGUCGCACUACACCGGGAUGUCCAAGGGCGUGUACGCCUCCAACUUCCCCUUCGCGCCGCCGCACCCGUUCAACUACACGGGGACGCCGCCCAACAACACGAACGUGAUGACCGGGACGAAGGCGCUGGUGCUGCCGUUCGGCACCGCCGUGGAGCUGGUGAUGCAGGACACCAGCAUCCUCGGCGCCGAGAGCCACCCGCUGCACCUGCACGGCUUCAACUUCUUCGUCGUCGGCCAAGGCUUCGGCAACUACGACCCGGCCAAGGACCCGGCCAAGUACAACCUCGUCGACCCCGUCGAGCGCAACACCGUCGGCGUCCCCGCCGGCGGCUGGGUCGCCAUCCGCUUCCGAGCCGACAACCCAGGUGUAUGGUUCAUGCAUUGCCACUUGGAGGUGCACAUGAGCUGGGGGCUGAAGAUGGCGUGGCUGGUGCUGGACGGUAACCUUCCGAACCAGAAGCUCCCGCCGCCGCCGGCAGAUCUUCCGAAAUGCUAGACGUGAAGAUCAAGAUCGAUCGUCGGUGAAGAAGAUUGCCCGCUUCGUUGCUUCGCUCCCGCCUCACAUUGUUAUCCGCAAUCUUUUGCUCCCGCGUGUCCAGCGAGUUCGUCUCCAAUAUGGUGAUGUGUUUUUUUUCUUACGCUAAUUGAUUUUUCAGGCGAUUCGCCGUGCUUGUUGUAUGCACUUUAUUCAUUGCCAGAGUGUUGUCAGGACUUUUCUUAAGUGGCUGGGCUUCUUUGUAACUUGCAACUGAAAGGUCUUACAUUUUUUUCUAUCUGUAUAUGUAUCUGCAGCGUAUCGCUAAAUAAAGCCUAGAUGUGUUCAUUGUCA